AAACAUUACUGAAUACUUCUUUCGCGCGCAAGAUCAUGGAAUAAAAUAAAUGAAUAAACAAAUAAUAAAAUCUCACCUUCAAAAAUAAUAAUAAAUAAAUCGCCCAUGCAGUUGAAAAGCAAGCCCCCUGGCUUGUUCUCUCUCUGCUCGGCGCUAUCAACGGCCACUGUGUCUCCAAAAAGCCUGAAAUCUUGGGCUGUCAUUCUAGACCUGGCCGGAGAGCCAGCCUAAACUACGUCCCACACAUUCCCCACAAUGACAACAUGACGACGUCCCCUCAGCCGCCGACCACCGUCAGGAAGGUCGUCGUCGAAGUAGUGGACGCCCGUGAUCUUCUUCCCAAGGAUGGCCAGGGAAGCUCCAGCCCUUACGUCAUGGCAGAGUUCGACGGACAGAGAAAAAGAACCACCACCAGAUUCAAAGAGAUGAACCCAGUUUGGAACGAAGCCAUCGAAUUCAUAGUAUCUGACCCGGAUAAUAUGGAGUUCGAAGAGCUAGAGAUCGAGCUCUUCAACGACAAAAAGUACGGGAAUGGGGUUGGUCGUAAGAAUCAGUUUCUGGGUAGAGUGAAGCUGUACGGUGCCCAGUUUGCAAGGAGAGGGCAAGAGAGCUUGGUCUACUUUGCGUUGGAGAGAAAGAGCAUGUUUAGCUGGGUUAGGGGCGAAAUUGGCCUCAAGAUUUACUACUACGAUGAGUUGAUUCAGGAGCAAACGAUCCCACAGCAGCAACUUACAGUGACAGAGCAGGAUUGGACGAAGACGAAGACGAAGAUGAAGACGAAGACAAAAUCGCCUCCUAUUGUAAUGGUUGAGGAAGAAAGGGUUUCCGAGGAUCCUGGUCCCAUCGAGCAUGGCGUACCUGAAGAGCAUUCUCAAUUGCCUCCUGUUGUGGCUACUGAAGAAGAAAAGGAAGAAGAAGAAUCGACGCCGCAGGUGUUCAAUCUUCCUGAAGAUCAACUGUUGCCAGAAACGGCAGGUGAGACUGUUUCAGAGAUACAAUACCCUCCGGAAGUGAAAAUUUUGGAGGCAAUUAGAAUGCAAGGGGACAGAGCGAGAAACUCGAAUAAGCCUAACGGAGGUGAUUACACUCGGCGGGCUGCGUCCGCCAGGACUGCUGGCGAAGCAUCUCAGAGAGUUCCACGGCGUGAUUUUGUGGAGCCGAUGCAGUACCUGUUUGUUAGAAUCAUUAAGGCUCGUGGGCUUGCUCACAAUGAUAAUCCCUAUGUGAAGAUUCGUACGCCCCGUCGCUUCGUCAGAUCAAAACCUGCGAGUUACCGGCCCAAGGACCGUCGUGACUCGCCGGAGUGGAACCAGGUGUUCGCGCUGGGAUACAACGCUGAUUCUAGGAAUGCGAAUUUAGAGAUUUCGGUUUGGGAUUCUCCAACUGAGAAAUUUCUUGGAGGUGUUUGCUUCGAUCUUUCUGAUGUGCCAGUUCGGAACACUCCUCGUAGUCCCGUGGCUUCACAAUGGUACCACCUAGAAGCCGGCGCCUUCGGUCAAGGUUCCACCAAGAUUGCCGGCGAUAUCCAGCUUUCCAUAUGGAUAGGCAACCGAUCUGAUGAUGCUUUCCCAGAGGCUAGGAGCUCCGACGUUCCAUAUUUGGCUCACACUCGUCCCAAAGUGUACCAAUCCCCAAAGCUAUGGUACCUGCGUGUGAACGUGAUCGAAGCUAGAGACCUCAACAUCACUCCCAAUCUGCCUCCAUCGACGCCGCCGGAUAUUCGAGUCAAGAUCCAACUGGGUUUUCAGUCAGCACGAACGACGCGAGGCUCCAUGAUGAACCGCUCCAGCAUUUCAUUCCACUGGAAUGAGGACCUCUUAUUCGUUGCCGGCGAGCCUUUGGAAGACCCCGUGAUCUUGCUAGUAGAAGCACGUACCGGCAACGAAUUCGGCCUGCUGAGCCACACUGUAAUGCCGCUGAGUUCCAUCGAGCGACGCAUCGAUGAGCGCCACGUGGCACCGAAAUGGUUCAACUUGGAGGGUGGGUCCUACAGUGGGCGUGUCUAUCUGCGUCUGUGCUUGGAAGGUGGGUAUCACGUGCUUGACGAAGCGGCGCACGUGUGCAGCGACUUCCGACCAACGGAGAAGCAGCUUUGGAAGCCGCCGAUCGGAAUUCUAGAGCUGGGCAUCCUGGGGGCUCAUUCUCUUCUUCCCAUGAAAACCAAAGGUGCAGGAAAGGGGUCCACCGAUGCUUACUGUGUGGCCAAGUACGGGAAGAAGUGGGUCCGUACUCGGACCAUCACGGACAGCUGUGAUCCACGUUGGAACGAGCAGUACACGUGGCAAGUAUACGACCCCUGCACCGUGUUGACUGUGGGGGUGUUUGACAACUGGCGGAUGUUUGCUGACGUGUCAGAAGACAAGCCCGAUGGUCGUAUGGGCAAGGUUCGAAUACGAAUCUCCACAAUGGAGAGCAACAAGAUAUAUACGAAUUCAUAUCCUCUGAUGGUAUUAUCAAGAACCGGGUUGAAGAAAAUGGGUGAGAUUGAGCUAGCGGUCCGAUUCACCUACACGUCUAUUUUGCCCGAUAGAUUCCGGGUCUACGGACAGCCAUUGCUUCCUCGAAUGCAUUAUAUCCGGCCAAUUGGGGUGGCGCAACAAGAGGUCCUCCGCGGGGCAGCCACAAAGAUGGUGAUCCAAUCUAUGUCUCGGGCGGAUCCACCGUUGGGUCAUGAGGUGGUUCGGUACAUGUUGGAUUCCGACUCGCACAAUUGGAGCAUGAGGAAAAGCAAGGCCAAUUGGUUUCGGAUCGUGGGCAUUCUAGCGUGGGCUUUCGGGUUGACAAAAUGGCUAGACAAUAUCAAAAGGUGGAGAAACCCAACGAAAACAAUGUUUUUUCAUCUUAUAUAUAUCGUACUUGUUUGUUACCCAGACUUGAUUGUCCCUUUCGUAUUCUUAUACGUGGUCUUGAUUGGCAUUUGGUGUUACCGGUUCAAGCCUAAGAUACCAGCCGGGAUGGAUACCCGAAUGUCACAAGCUGACACGGUCGAUCCUGACGAGUUAGAUGAGGAGUUUGACACGAUCCCAAGUUCAAAACCGCCCGAUGUAGUUCGGAUCCGGUAUGACAGGUUACGGUUGGUGUCAGCCCGGGUCCAGAAAGUGUUGGGUGAUCUUGCCACCCAAGGGGAGAGAGUACAAGCCUUGAUGAGCUGGAGGGACCCCAGGGCCACAAAAUUGUUCAUCGGGGUGUGUUUGGUAAUUGCAAUGAUAAUGUUUGUGGUGCCAACAAAAAUGGUGGCCGUGGCUGUAGGAUUCUACUACCUUCGUCAUCCCAUGUUUAGGGAUCCAAUGCCGCCGGCCAGCUUGAAUUUUUUCCGGCGACUCCCAAGCAUGUCCGAUCGGUUAAUGUAGAUUAAGGGGCUGUACUUUUGUACUUGUCCUUUUCUGUUCUUUUUUGCCUUAGUGACUGACAGUGACAAUUUUUUGAGACGUGAAAAUCUGAAUAGGGGAGCGAAAGACAAGGGAAAGAAGGUGAGACAAAGAAUCAACUAUUAAGGAUUUGAAAAAAGGUAUGGGGAACAUGGGGGAAAGUGACCAGUUGUCAUCACGGUUUUUUUUUUUUCUUUUGAGAUUAUCGAAUGGAUUGACUGUGUCACUAUUCUACAAAUAUGAGAGCUCAUAUAUAGUGGGCCAAGAGCCAACUUUAAAGUGGGUGGAAAAUUUUCGGAUUUCAUGUUUGAGAAAGCAAACGCCUUGGAUGUAUAAUAUAAUAUUGGAAGUUGGAAUUC